UAAUUAUAAUCUAUACUAGAUCUAUACUGAGUAUACUCUAUAGUAUAGACCUACUAAUACUAGUAAUACUCAAUUACUCAAACUCAAAUAUUAUUAUUAUUAUAAUAUAGAUACCAGAUCUGGACUUCUAAAUAGAGUACCGGUAUGUGGGUUGUACUACUAACAGUCUAACCAUGACUAUUUUAGUCCAUCUUAUUUGUAAAUCUUCAGCCACAUUCAACAGAUUAAUAAGUGCAUCAGUGUUCACAAAAACAACAUUACAUCACUUAAAUCUAUUAAAGCCUAAUCUUCUUAAAAGUCAUUUUGCAAGCCUAGCACGUCAAGAUGCAUUCUGGUCAUUUCAGAAGUGUACAUUACAAAAUUUAAAAAGGACAUUUAACCCUAGUUGUCCUUCAAGAACAGCAUCUUCCAAAGCUUUGUCAACAUUAGCUUCAUUUCUUCUUGGAGCAAGUGGUGGCUAUUUAUUGUACAGAAACUCAGACUGGCUUUUACCUACAGCUCAGUGUAAAUCUUCUUACAGAAGUCGACUUUCACACGAAGAGGAAGUCUUUGAUAAGACCCCAAAUCCCAAGUUUAAAUGGAGCCUUUUUUUCAGUCUUUUAUGGGAAGACAUUUUUUAUCUUUUGGGUGCUAUUUUGGCAGCAUUAGGUGCUGCUGUAGUGAACAUACAGAUACCUCUGAUGUUGGGAGAGCUGACCAACAUUGUCACCAAAUUUACAAGCGAUGCUUUGUCUGGCAGUGAGACAUUUUUGUCAGAAAUCAGAAAACCUGCUCUGAAGCUGUUAACCUUGUAUGGACUUCAAGGUUUAUUCACUUUUGUCUAUAUAAGUCUCCUGGCCGUUGUUGGAGAGAACCUGGCUUACCGUUUAAGAAAAAUGCUCUUCCAUUCACUGCUGGAACAGGAUGUUGAGUUUUUUGAUAAGCACAAAAUUGGAAAACUCAUUGACAGACUGACUACAGAUGUGCAGGAGUUCAAAAGUUCAUUUAAAAUGACUGUAUCCCAGGGUUUAAAAGCAACAGUACAGACCCUUGGCUGUGUCAUAUCCUUAUAUCUGAUCUCUCCAAAACUGACUCUUAUAAUGGUUGGUGUACUUCCUAUUGUCAUUAUUGGGGGCACAACAUGGGGCGCUAUGCUGAGGACACUGUCAAGAGAUGCCCAGGAAGAGAUCUCGAAAUCAACUGCAAUAGCCGAUGAGGCACUCGGCAACAUCAGGACAGUGAGAUCUUUUGCUAUGGAAUCUAAGGAGAAUCAAUUGUAUGAGGCACAAGUUUUGAAAUCUGCCAACACAAACAUUCGUCUUGGUUAUGGUAUUGGAAUGUUUCAAGGCUUGGCCAAUGUUUUCCUUAACAGUCUAGUUCUAGGUUCAUUGUUUGGUGGUGGAUGGCUGAUUUCAACUCAAGAGCUUAAAGCUGGUGACCUUAUUUCAUUUCUAGUAGCUAUUCAAAUGAUUGAAAGGUCAAUGGCUCAGAUGUCUCUGCUUCUAGGACAUGUAGUUCGAGGUCUUUCAGCUGGGGCUAGAGUUUUUGAGUUUAUGGACAGUAAGCCACUGAUACCACUUCAGGGAGGUAAAAGGAUUCCUUAUCAUGCCUUGAUAGGAGAUAUUCAAUUCAAAGAUGUCAGUUUCCAUUACCCUACAAGAGAGCAGAAUGUUCUCAGAGAUUUCUCAUUAAAAAUUCCAGGAGGCAAGUUGGUUGCCCUUGUGGGGCUUUCAGGGGGAGGGAAGUCAACAAUAGCUGUGUUACUGGAAAGGUUCUAUGAUGUUACUGCAGGGACCAUAACCAUAGAUGGUGUGGAUGUGAGAGAACUAGACCCUGCCUGGUUGAGAGGUCAGGCAAUAGGUUUUAUUAAUCAGGAACCUGUGUUAUUUGCUACAUCUGUUAUGGAAAACAUACGUUACGGCAAACCCACUGCCACAGAUCAAGAGGUUAUAGAGGCUGCCAAGUUGGCUAAUGCUCAUGACUUCAUCACAGGCUUUCCUAAAGGCUACAAUACAGUGCUAGGUGAGAGAGGGGUGACAGUCUCAGGGGGACAGAAACAAAGAAUUGCCAUUGCCAGAGCUCUAAUCAAGAAUCCUUCUAUCUUGAUUUUAGAUGAGGCCACCAGUGCAUUAGAUGCUGAAUCAGAAAGAAUUGUUCAAGAAGCUUUAGAUAAAGUUGUGAAAGGGAGGACAACUCUUGUAAUAGCACAUAGAUUAAGUACAGUUCGUGAUGCCGACCUCAUUGCUGUUGUUUCUAAAGGAAGAAUCAUGGAGCUAGGAACACAUGAAUCACUGAGAAGGUCUAAAGGUCUUUACUGGGAACUUAUAAAGAAACAAGAAUUAGAAGAAGAUAUAGAAAGCAAAUAAAUGUAUUCAUAAUUUAUAAUUCCGAAUGGUGAUACUUAUUGUGUUGUUGAUGUAAAUUUAACAUUUUUAAAGAUUGUUAAUAAAAUUAUUGUAAUACUUCAA